AUGAUUGAGAAUAUGAAGGAGACCACUUUCGUUGCCCAACGCACCAUUCAUGACCACAUAUUGAGUAUUGAUGGAUUUCAUAAAUUGGUCAUUUCGAACGAGCUUCUUACCUCUGCUAAAGCAGGAAGACAGCGGUAUCACGCCCAUCUUGAAGAGCAGCGACAGCUUGCGAAAAAUGUUGCCAAAAGCCACAAACGAAAAUCUGUGGAUGAAGCAAAAGCUGAUUUCCAGAAGAAAAAGAAGAGACUUGAAACAGAGAUCACCACCUUACAGUUUGAUGCUGACAAAUUAGCUAAAGAGGCUGAGGUGAAGAGGCAGCUCGUCUUGUUAACCGAAUCAAAUGCACUCAGAAAUGCAGCAAAGGAGAAGAAGAUAGAACUAGAAAACUUAAACAAGGAAUUGGAAGAGUGUGAUAAAUAA